CGCGUUUCUAAGGUAUCGGCCGAGGUUUCGGUAAGCGAAACUGAGCGUGGGCAAAGUUGACGAGAAUGGAGCAUUUGGAUGAGAAUCGAACCUCUGGGUCGGCGAACAUCGAGGCGGCGGCUGGUAGCGCGGAAAAUGAAGAUGGCUUCGAUCUCGACGAUCUUUUGCCGAUCGUCGGCGAAUUCGGCCGUUAUCAGAAACAACUUCUCUGGCUCGUGUGCCUUCCGGCGUGUCUCCCAUGCGGCUUUUGCGCCUUCAACCAGCUGUUCAUGGCCGACACGCCACCCCACUGGUGCAAAAUACCGGGGUUGGAGAGUCUGGAUGUCUCUCGAAGAAAGAGACUCGCGAUUCCGACCAUUCAGGACGACAAUGAAACGUACAGUCAAUGCACGCGAUACGAUAUCGAUUGGACAGCGGAAAACAUUUCCGUCGUGACAACAGCCUCGUUCGUACCAAAUUCAUCGUGGCCCGUUGUUCCAUGCGAUCAUGGUUGGGAGUACGAGAUGUCGGAAGUGAAAUCUUCUAUCGUUAUUGAUUUCAAUCUCGUAUGCGAUUAUGCGAUUUAUCCAACGAUCGGAUUAGUCGCUUUGAACACAGGUGGACCAAUUGGGGUGUACCUCUUCGGUACCUUGAAUGACAGAAUUGGCAGAAGAUUGUCCUUCUUCACGUGUCUGGCCACUUUGAUAACCGGUGGAUUUUUAACAUCCAUAUCGAACAGCUUCUGGACAUGGGCCGCGACGAGGAUGCUCGUCGGUUUGACCAUCCCGGCCAUUUAUCAAAUUCCCUUUAUCAUAUCUUUGGAACUGGUCGGCCCAAAUUAUCGAUCAUUCGUGACAGUGAUGACUUGCAGUUUCUAUACAAUGGGUUUGUGCAUGUUGGCCGGUGUCACGUAUUUGAUAAGAGAUUGGAAAACGUUAGCCAUAGUCACGAGUGCGCCAUUUCUUUUGUACAUCUUAUACUGGUGGUUCUUGCCAGAAUCGCCGAGAUGGUUGUUGGCGAAAGGUCGGUUAGGCGAGGCGAACGAUAUCUUGGAGCGAUUGGCAAAAGUAAACGGAAAAGAGUUGCCACUUUCUUUUACGCAAAAAUUACGACAACGAAUGAUGAUGUCACGGUCCAAAAGUGAAGAAGAGAGAUUACGUAGCGGUCCUGGUGUUUUAUCACUCUUCAAAACUCCAAAUAUGCGAUUAAAAACUUGUUUGAUCACUCUAAAUUGGUUCGCGAACAACAUGGUUUACGUUGGAUUAUCGUAUUAUGGGCCAGCAUUGGGUAACGAGGAACACUUGAGCUUCUUCUUCUCAUCUCUCGCCGAGAUUCCGAGCUACAUGGCUUGCUGGGUCGUGAUGGAUCGAUGGGGUCGCCGUUGGCCCCUUUGCUUGUCCAUGGUGGUGGCUGGAAUCUCCUGCAUUACCACAGUUCUUUUGUCACCCGAUGCAGUUGUGACCACGCUAAUUCUAUUCCUCUUAUCGAAAUCCGCGAUAUCGGCCUCUUUUCUAAUUAUAUAUCCGUUCGCCGGUGAACUUUACCCCACGCAAUUGCGCGGCGUAGCGAUCGGUUUCUCUGCCUACAUCAGCGGUCUCGGAUUAAUAAUCAUUCCCUUUGUUACGUAUCUCGGCAAGGAAAACUUGGUGCUGCCCCUCGUAAUUCUUGGCGUCGUGUCUGUAAUCGGCGGAUUGUCCGGCCUGCGUUUGCCCGAGACUCUGCAUCAUCGAUUGCCCCAAACCGUGGAGGAAGGGGAAUUGUUCGGGAAAGAUUGGACUUGUGCCGAUUGUUUUCGUUGCGUUCCAACCAAACCUUCGUCAGCCGCGGCGUCUUACGAGGAUCUGUCGGCGAGAGAGACGGUGGAGAUGCACGAGGUACCCGAGGCACCGAUACCUCAGAGGCUGUUGGAGGACCAACAAAGGCCGAGCGGAGCGAGCAUGCGUCGGCUGGUUCGGCAAUCCAGCGUGAUGGACACGCAACGGGAUUCCGACGGGUCCAUUAAGAUGACUUAUUGGUUUUAGAGUUUGAAUCGAACGUCUAGUUUCGAAAUAAAAUUCGAGACGCUAUCGAAUCGAAAGGGAAGUAUUAUCGUAUCAGUAAUUGGCGUCUUGUUUUUUUGUCUGGUAUCGAUAUCCAAUACGAUCAAUUUUCCAUUUUGUAAUGAUUGCUAUUUUAAAUAUUGCUAUUUUAAUCAAGAGCGAUGAAAAAAUUAGUUUAGGUUGCGACAUUAAAGCUUCGAAAACAAUUUUAUAAUAACAAUAAAAAAAAAUUAAAAAAUA